AUGUCCAGUAUGAUGUUGGAUAUAGAGUCUGUCCUGUGUGUGAAGCCGGAUGUCACUGUCUACCGGAUUCUGCCCCGGGCCUCCAAUCGCGGCUACAGGGCAACUGACUGGAAAUUAGACCAGCCUGACUGGACUGGCCGUCUAAGAAUCACUUCAAAAGGGAAGAUUGCCUAUAUCAAACUUGAAGAUAAAGUUUCAGGGGAGCUCUUUGCUCAGGCACCAGUAGAACAGUAUCCUGGCAUUGCGGUGGAGACAGUGACAGAUUCUAGCCGUUAUUUUGUAAUCCGGAUCCAGGAUGGCACUGGGAGAAGUGCUUUUAUUGGUAUUGGCUUCACAGAUCAGGGUGAUGCUUUUGACUUUAAUGUCUCCUUGCAGGAUCACUUCAAGUGGGUAAAGCAGGAAUCGGAGAUUUCCAAAGAGUCUCAGGAAAUGGACACUCGUCCAAAACUGGAUCUGGGCUUUAAGGAAGGACAGACUAUCAAAUUGAGUAUUGGAAACAUUACGACCAAGAAAGGAGGUGCUUCUAAGCCUAGGACUGCAGGGCCUGGGGGCCUAAGCUUACUCCCACCUCCACCUGGAGGCAAAGUCACUAUUCCUCCACCUUCUUCUUCAGUUGCCAUCAGCAAUCAUGUGACCCCACCACCCAUUCCAAAAUCUAGCCAUGAAGGCAGUGAUGCAGAUAUCCUUUUAGAUUUGGAUUCUCCUGCUCCUGUCACAGCACCAGCAUCAGCUCCACUUUCUGCAAGCAAUGACUUGUGGGGAGACUUUAGUACUGCAUCAAGCUCUGUUUCAAACCAGGCACCACAACCAUCCAACUGGGUCCAGUUCUGA